AUGCCCAAGUUAACCCAAGAACAACUCUCUGAUGCUCAAGAUGCCUUCAACCUCUACGACAGAGAUGGAGACGGAAAAAUUACUUUGGCUGAUCUCGGCACUUUGUUACGUUGUUGUGGAAAGAAUCCAACCAAUGCUGAAGUUGAGAAUAUUAAAGGAGAGGCUGAUCCAUCAGGAACAGGUUCAUUCACUUUUGAAACAUUGAAAACUCUUUUAGAAAAGUAUACAUUCAAGGCUGAUAAUGAACAAGAUGUAAAGGAUUGUUUCCGUAUCUUUGAUAAAGACGGAACUGGAUUUGUACCAGUCUCUGAAUUGAGACAUGUUUUGACGACUUUGGGAGAGAAAUUAUCAGCAGCUGAAGUUGAUGAUUUGCUCCGUGAUGCCGAAGUGGAUGAUAACGGUAAUCUUAACUAUGCUACUUUUGUUCAUAUGCUCAUGCCAAGCAAGAAUUAG